AUGAAUCCUCAUGUUCUCAUGCAACCAAGCCUAGAUCCUCAAACGCAUAAAAGGGAGGCCAACUCAAAAGUCUCCAUUGGAGGUGUCUCAUAUCCAGAUCUUUACCCUUCUUCUCUGCAGCCCCUUCCAUCAGAGCAAGGCAACAUGAGUCGUCAGAUUUCAGCAGGCAGCCAACGAAAUGCGCAAAGCCCCUUUAACCACUAUAGCGCAAGCAGCUCAAGCUCCUGGCUCCAUUCUGGCUCCAAGAGCAGCAGCAAAAUGUCUAACUUUGGAGGAAGGACAACUUUAUCCCUGUGUGGAGAUCACAAGAGUGGCACCUGUGGAACUGGAAUCCAGGCAGCACCAAGGAGAUACAGCAUCCAGGGAGUACAUGUUGAUCCAAAGCUGUUGGAACCUUUCCAUGUCAGUAUCUCCCCUGAGAUCCAGAAAGUAAAAUGCAAAGAGAUGGAGCAGAUGAAGUCCCUUAAUAGCAAAUUUGCUGGUUUCAUUGAUAAGGUGCAGUGCCUGGAACAGAAGAACCAGCUGCUAGAAACUAAAUGGGCCUUCCUGCAGCAGCAAACCAAACCACCCACUGAAAACUUAGAGCGUUUGUUUGAACAAUACAUUGCAAGCCUGAAGAAGGAGUUGGAAUAUGUGCAAUAUGAGAAGGAGAACCUGCAAAGUGAUCGUGAAAGUGCAAAGGCACAAACUGCAGAUUUCAAGUGCAAAUAUGAAGAGAAAGUCAAGCAGCAUGCUGCAGCAGAGAAAGAGAUUAUAGAACUUAGGAAGGUUGUAGACUUCAUUUUUUCAAAUAAUGCAGAGCUGGAGCGGAAAAUCAGUCUCCUGGACCGAGAGAUCAAGUUCUUGAAAUGUGUAUAUAAGAAGGAGAAAGAACAGCUUGACAAACAAGAUCAAGAUGUGGAUGUGGUUGUGAAAAUGGACAACAGUAGAAACCUUGACAUGGACAACAUCAUAGCCACAGUCCGAAAAGAGUAUGAGGAAAUUAUGCAGAGAAGUAAAGCGGAGGCAGAUAAAUUUUAUCAAAACAAGUAUGAAGAGGCUCAAAGUAAGAGUUCUAGUUACAAAUGGGAUCUGAAGAAUCGAGAGCAGCAGAUUUCAGAACUUAUCCAACAAGUUGAAAAAGUCCAGUGUGAACUUCAGAGUCUGCAGAAGGAGAACGAAGAGCUCAAGAAGACAGUUUGUGAGGCAGCCAAAGGAGGUGAACAAGCCUUCAAAGAAGGUCAACAGAAAUAUGCUGAACUAGUGAAGGCCCUUCAAAAUGGCAAGGAUGAACUGGCCAGCCUAGUACGUGACUACCAGGAACUUCUGAAUGUGAAGAUAGUUCUUGAUAUUGAGAUUGCAGCUUACAAAAGUUUGUUGGAGGGAGAAGAAGAAAGGAUAUCCAGAGAUUCUUCAAGUUCCAUCAGUAUCUCUGUGACCAACUCCCCAUGCAGUUCUCAGAGGGCAGCAAAACAAGGAAAGGAAUGCAGUGAGAAGGCCGGAGGAUCCUGUCAAUGCAAACCUGCAGGAACUAAAAUAUCCAUUUCCUCUGACAGUAAAACCAAAUGUCAAAGUGAAAAGUCCUCUAAGGUCUGCAAAUGGUCCACUAAUACAAAGUAAAAUUGUAGGAAGGGAAGUAGACAGAACUUUCACAAACAACGGAAAGCAACAAUUUAUCUAGAUUUGUUAGAGGAGAAUAUUUGUAGCUCAGGGUUGAAAUGAGGGGUUAUUGGUGCUCUCCAAUAUUGGUUGUUUUCUUGAAGAUGUUUCAUUACCCAAAUUAGGUAGCAUCUUCAGUGCUAGUAGGGGGUGGGGUCUGCUCUCAGUUUAUAUUCUAGUGACUAUGGGAGUGGUCUUUUGAUUGGAGUAUUGCUUGCUUCUUGAUUGUUGGUCUGAUGUUAAUUUUGGUGUUAGGUAGAUUCCUACAGAUAUGGGUAAAGCUAGCUAAAGGAGUCAAAGUCAUGUCACUCUUUGCUAGCUUGGCAAACAAUGAUUCUCAAUGACAUGAAAAUGAACUCUCCCCAGAUUUGCAAGUUUCCAUUUUUCACAUUCUCUUCUGUUGAACAUCUGGGAAGAAGAGUUUAGAAAUUUCUCUUCAUGCUUUUAAUAACUGUAACCAUAGCUUGCAAUUCUGCAUUACUCCAAUCUUGGAAUUAAGUGAGACUUUUGCUAAGUGAGUUUUGCCCCAUUUUACAACCUUUUGUGCCACAGUUGUUAAAUGAAUCACUGCAGUUGUUAAGUUAGUAACACAGUUGUUAAGUGAAUCUGGCUUCCCCAUUGACUUUGCUUGUCAGAAAGUCACAAAAGCUGAUCACAUGACCCUGGGACACUGCAACCAUCAUCAAUAUGAAUCAGUAGCUGAGCAUCUGCAUUUAGAUCACAUGACCAUGGGAAUGCUGCAAUGGUUGUCACUUUUUCAGUGUUAUUGUAACUUCAAAUGGUCACUAAAUGAACUGUUGUAAGUUCAGGACUACCUAUAUUUUACUCUGUAUGCGCAGAACCUACCUUUCUAAAUCUUACCCAAUGAGGGAUGACAAUACUGCUUGUGAAACACACAUGCCUUUGGCCACAUGAUGUCCAGUGCAAUGGCCAAUAACACAAAAGGUGAAACAUGAAAACACAAUGAAAUUGAGUCUUCCAGAAUCCCAAGCAGAAUAUUCCAUUGGAAAACCCCCAUGUGCCUGAAGUAUUUUCUUUCAGUGCAGAGCUGUCUGUCUAUUUCUGCUUUCAGAUAUAAAUGUAUUUUUCUCCAGAACAAACAAAUAAAGGGGGAGCUUAUAAGGUGUAGGGUAAUAAUCACAGUAACAAAAUAGAUACAAUUCAAAGAAAGGUGCUUGCUUUAAAAACUCACUUCAAAACAAGCUACAGAGUGGUGCCGAUUUUAGCAAGACCAGCCUUAUACCAAGAUAACUAACACUGACUUAUCAGAGCAUUGAGCUAUAAUAUGCAGCACAGAGACUUCUAUACAGUUGUAGUUGAAUAGAAAAGAAAAAAGAAAUCACAUCUGGAUUCAGAAAAUGAGGCUAUGUAUUCUAAUUAACUUGAUAAGCAGAUACAAGCCAACCAUUUAUCUGAAAAGGAGAGCAAAGGAUCUGAAUACAGACUCCACAUCCUUUCUCCACCAUACAGCUGAUCAGUAAGAAUAUAGUUUGUUCAGCAGGGCUGUUUCUGGAACAAUCUGACUAUAAGGAGUUGCCUUCUUUUAGGGUGAGACCCAAAAGGUCGGCUGUUAAGGAUCAAAAGUAAAAUUUGGGGGCAUUUUGACAAUUAUCUGUUCAUGACACUACAUCUACUUGUUUUGCUCUUUGCUGUACUUUUCGGUCUCAUAGGUAAUAAACUAAAUGCACACAAA